UCAUGUAGCCAUUUCUGGUUAGCCUCGCUGCACACAAGUAGCAAAAGCCAUCGUCUUCAGUCCAGAGAACCGCACCAUGGCUCAGGCAGCGCAGGCAAACCCUCUGGACGCGAGCAGCUCUCAGAUUCACGUGGAGCACGACAAGAAGCGGCGCCAGUUUGUCAUCCGGCUAAACGGAUCUCAUGAUCGAGCAGUUCUACUCUAUGAGUAUGUUGGAAAGAAGACUGUGGACCUGCAGCACACUGAAGUCCCAGAUGCCUACAGAGGGAGAGGGAUCGCCAAACACCUGGCCAAGGCAGCCAUGGAUUUCGUGGUGGAAGAAGACCUGAAAGCUCACUUGACCUGCUGGUACAUUCAAAAAUAUGUCAAAGAAAAUCCUCAGCCGCAGUACUUUGAACAUAUUUAUCAAUGACGCCACAUGGCCAGGGCAAGGUGAGAAAUGGAGAAAAAGGACUCCAAGGAGAUUUAAAAACAAAAAAAAAAAAACCAGAACUGUGCAGCAGCAUGCUUCAGAGUGAUGAUGCACAACAAAAGGAUCUUCUGGGCAUUGUUAAACAUGACACUGAGCUGAGUGUAUCGAGAGACGACCGAUCUCACACUGAAGACGUCGAUGGCAGGAGCGUUGGAGCGACCGGUCAGUCACGUCCGCGACAUGUGAUCACACACUCACAACAUGCAAGAGGUGGAUAAGCUGGCCAUGACGUGUAAAAACAGAGCAACCAAAGGUGAAGCCUGUUACCUCAGAUAGAAUCUUGCAGGGUGGAUGACCAGCGCUGACUUGAAGCAUGCAGUGGGAGCAGAUUUGGGUCAAAUCUUUCACGAUGUUGCAAAUUUCUGUCUUCUUGUGGGCUCACUCGUGAUGAGCUGUGUUACAACAUGAUAAUGUUUGUCUCUGUGUCGGUUCAGCUGAUAAGCAAUGAUGGUUUCACUGAGUCAUUAUGACUUUUAUAUCUCAACUUUGUUUUUUUUUUUUUCCAUCUCCAUUUUUUUUCCCCCAGUUUUAAUACUAAAAUCCUUGUAUUGUGCAUGAAAACAUAAAGCUAAGCAAUAGUUUCUUUAGGUAAUUAUUACAAUUGAUUUUAGAAAUAAUUGAACUUUUUUUUUUUAACAUUUAUGUCUUCUUUGAGACAUCUAUUGUCCAGAUUUUACUUCAUCCACUUCCACUGUGUCCAGCAGAUUGAUUUAUUAGACUAGGAUACGUCACCCUGAGGGUGCUCUCCUCACUCGGCCUCAGGGUGAUGAUGGUUUUCUCCACUGUACAUUAUCCUCCAGACACUGGUGUGAUGAUACUUGGGUCUGAGGUCUUUCACUGUGUUGGUCCAACACUUCAUUGUGGCUGUGGAUAAAUGUCUCUGCUCACACCAGCAACAAUCGCAGCACUGUUAUAUUCAGGGCAUUCACAUUCUUCAGUGUCGCUCCUUUGUUCUUUCACUCAGGAGAAUAAGACUGGGUGUCUGAAACAUAUAUUUUUCCUGUCAGUUUGCUCCGUUUCUUUUGCCUUACCCACAAGGCUUAUUUACGCAGCUGAUGACAAAAUGACACGGUUCAUCACAGUAGAUAUUUUGUAAA